GACCCGACCCACUCCCUUCCUCUCCUCCAGACCCAACGCUCGGGUCUCCAGUCUAGGAAAGGGCGGAGGCGGGGCGUCUUGGGACCGCUGUGGUUGGCCCGGAGGGAGGCCGCCUUCUGCUUCCCGUCAUGCUCUGGGGCGUUGUGCCCCGGAAGAAGAAGCCGGCGAUCCCUGCUCUCUGGCGGGGCGGUGGAGUCGCCGGCGAGGGGCGUAGCCUGUGUCUCCAGAUGGUGCGUUAGAAGACUGUACUACUUCACGUGUGCUUGUGGGGGUACUCCUGGGAAAGAAGUACAUCAGUGAUCCUAGUGAAAUCGCCAAAAGUCUUAACAAAGAAGAAAGCAUUUUCACAAAGCUAGUUUGUGCCUAUGCAUCUGAGAUGGUCCCCUCUGAUGGGCUCUUCCUAUAGGAUGCUGGAGAAUCAAGAACAGGAGGAAUUGAUUACUGUACGGGUCCAGGAUCCCCGAGUACAGAAUGAAGGUUCCUGGAAUUCUUAUGUGGACUACAAGAUAUUCCUCCACACCAACAGCAAGGCCUUUACUGCCAAGACAUCAUGUGUGCGGCGCCGUUAUCGGGAGUUUGUUUGGCUGAGAAAACAGCUCCAGAGAAAUGCUGGCUUAGUGCCUGUACCUGAACUCCCUGGAAAGUCCACCUUCUUUGGCAACUCGGAUGAAUUUAUUGAAAAGCGGCGACAAGGUCUUCAGCACUUCCUGGAGAAAGUCCUGCAGAACGUGGUCCUCCUGUCCGACAGCCAGCUACACCUCUUCCUGCAGAGUCAGCUGUCGGUACCAGAGAUCGAAGCCUGUGUCCAGGGUCGGAGCCCCAUGACUGUAGCUGAUGCCAUUCUCCACUAUGCCAUGUCUAACUGUGGCUGGGUCCAAGAAGAGAGCAUGGGUUCCCCUCAGCUUGCAAUGGGAGAUCAGCAUAAGAGUUGCUGUUUUAUCCGUAGACCUGGUGGUCAGGUGUCUACAUCACCUCUCCAGAAUGAAGAAAAGGACCACAUGGCAGUGUGGGCUCCUGUGGUUGAUACUAUGGCUCCUGACUUGGAAAGUUCCUCUCUUCCUCUUCCAACCUCAUCUUCAAGCUGGGACUUUGUCCAGUCUGAUGAAAGGACCAGUCCCCCCCAACCCUGGAAAAGAGUGGAAGAAGACCACCAAGUUCACCCAUCUUAUGACAUGGACUUGGAAUCUGGCCAGUUGGAAACGGUCUGAGAGGUGGUGAACUUUGGUCUGAAAUCAGAUGUGAAGGGACGGGCCAGAGGGGGCCAGUCCAGGUGGGUGGGGUAGGAUGACCGGCAGUCUCUCAGGGCGGUUGGCCUCCUGGGCAGCCUUACCCUCACAUGGUGAUGGUGGCAACAGCUUGCAGCCCUCCUCUCUCUUACUUGUCCUCCACCCAGUGCUGGGGGGACAGGAAGCUGGCCGUGCUCUGCACAAAUUGGAAAGCUUAGGGUCUGCUUUGUCUUACAACUCCCUACACUUGACUCUUCCUGGGAGCAGAGUUUCUUCCGAUGAUUUGUUUACAUGAGUAGGAACAGCCCCUUGUAAUACAUUAGCUUUGGGGGAUCUGGGUACGAUUGGGGACCUAGAGGUAAGAAGGUGCUAGCUUUUGCUCCCUGCAUUGUCCCAGUGGCCACUGAGCCAGCUGGCAUCCCCUUGCUUUAGAAGUGGAUUCGGGUUUAGAUUGGUGCCUGUUUUUUCCUCCAGCCCCUGCAGCCAUUUGUUUUGGGAAGUUGGCCUUCCCCCUACAAUCUGUUGGAUAGUUCUCUUCAGUUCUCUUCCUGCCCCCUUGUUCUUCCUGCUCUUUCCCCUCUCUGGCUGGGGCAGCAGCAGUCCCGUUUGCAGCUGGAGUUUGUUACAGCCGUAGGCUGCUGCUCCCAUGCUCGAGGGUGGGUGAAGGCAGCAGUAGCAGCAGCAACAGCAGCUGCUUGGUGGCCCUGCACAAAGCAGAGGUUUGGUUUUAGUUAGAAGGGCAGCAAACAGUUGCUGUGCCGGGGGCCAGUGGGUUGGUUUGGGGGCAGCAGCCUUGGGCUGAGGCUUCCACUUCAGGCUGGGUUCGGAGAAGUGAGACUUUGCCCUGCCAGCUUCGUUUCGUGUUGUAUUCCCUGUAUCCCACAAUGUCUUUCUUGCUGCAUAAUCUUUCUCUGUGUGUUACAAUAAGACAGCCUGUUCAAUUCUCCAGGGCCAGGGAACUGUGCUUGUUGAUGAGAGCUUUGUUUUUUCCCUGUAAGCAAAGGGCUCUAGGGAAGAGGAACAGGAUGCCUUUAGACAAUGAGGCAUUCUGGCCUCCUGCUGCCUCUCCACCGAGAGCUGGGGCUCGUGGGGGUUCUGCUGCUGGCAUUCAGCAUGGCUCAGCUCUUCUGAUGGCUGUGUGUCUGCUUAUUCCCUUCUCCUUUCCUCCUCUGGUCAUCACACCUUGUCUAUGUACUCUCUCACUACCACUGGACACUGUGGGACUGUCAUGGCAUUUAGCUCAGAGUGGAGGUGCUCUGGCCUGAAAUAAAAUUCAAGUAUUUAA